AUGAAGAGAUGGGCAGAACAUUACCAACAGCUAUACUAUAGGGAGAAUAUCAUCACUGACACAGCAGCUGAGAGUACCAGCCUCCUGCCUGUCAUGAAUGAGCUCUACGUUCCACCCUCAGUGGGCGAACCACGCGGAGCAAUCAAGUCUCUCGCCUUUUGCAAAGCACCAGUUAAUGAUGGGAUCCCGUCAGAGGCCAUCAAGGCUGGUAUGAAUACCGCUCUACUUCAUCAUCUACAUGAGCCCUUGCUACAGUGCUGGGAGGAAGGAACAGUGCCCAGGACAUGCGCGACUCCAACAUCAUCACGCUCUACAAGAACAAGGGAGACUGCAGCGACUAAUAACUACCCUGAAAUGUCCCUCCUCAGUAUCAAUGGAAAGGCCUUUAUAAUUACCCGUUUAGUGUUGAACAAAUUGCAGACGCUAGCAGAACGGUUGUAUCCUGAGGCACUGUGUGGGUUCAGAGCUCGAAGGUGA